AUGUUGAAACUCGUCGGCGGCGGUGGCGGGCAGGACUGGGCAUGCUCAGUGGCGGGGACAGGUCUGGGAGGCGAGGAAUCCGCGCUUGAAGUCGCGAGGCCGCGGGAUCGGCUAGAGGCUGACGGCGGGGGCCCCGCCUGGGGGUGCGCGGGGAUCUCCGAUUCCGCACCCGGGGCGGGCAUGCUCCAGGCGGGAGCCACGGGGCCGACGCGAGGGAGGCAGGGCGCGGAGGAGGUGGGGGAGUCUGCGGGAGGAGGGGAGGAGCGCCCGGCUCGCCAUCCCCCGGCGCCGGCUCUGCGGCUGCUGAAUCGGAAGCUGCAGGGAGGAUCCGGGAAAAUAAAGACACCCGAGAAUGACCUCCAGCGAGGCCGCUUGAGCUGGGGCCCGCGCGCUGCCCCGCCAGCCCUCGGCAUGGGCGACCGCGGCGGGCAACUGGAGCACUCGGCUCCGCACUCCCCAGGAGCCGCCGCGGUGAAUGGGCUACUGCACAACGGCUUCCACCAGCCGCCAGUCCAGCCGCCGCUCGUCUGCCUCCGGGGCCCCGUGGGCGGCGGCGACGCGGCGUCUCCGCGCCACCAGCUCGUGCCUGAGCUCCAGCCGCAGCUACCGCUCCCUCAGCACGACUCCCCGGCCAAGAAAUGCCGGCUGCGGAGGAGGAUGGACUCGGGAAAGAAGAACAGGCCGCCAUUCCCGUGGUUUGGCAUGGAUAUUGGUGGAACGCUGGUUAAGUUGGUCUACUUCGAGCCAAAGGAUAUUACAGCCGAAGAGGAACAAGAGGAAGUGGAGAACCUGAAGAGCAUCCGGAAGUAUCUGACUUCUAAUACCGCUUAUGGGAAAACAGGGAUCCGAGAUGUCCACCUGGAACUGAAAAACCUGACCAUGUGUGGGCGCAAAGGGAACCUGCACUUCAUCCGCUUUCCCAGCUGUGCCAUGCACAGGUUCAUUCAGAUGGGCAGCGAGAAAAACUUCUCCAGCCUGCACACCACCCUCUGUGCCACGGGAGGAGGGGCUUUCAAGUUUGAAGAGGACUUCAGAAUGAUUGCUGACCUUCAGCUCCAUAAACUGGACGAACUGGACUGUCUCAUUCAAGGCCUGCUUUAUGUCGACUCUGUUGGCUUCAACGGCAAGCCAGAAUGUUACUAUUUUGAAAAUCCCACAAAUCCUGAAUUGUGUCAAAAAAAGCCGUACUGCCUUGACAACCCGUACCCCAUGUUGCUGGUUAACAUGGGCUCUGGUGUCAGCAUUCUGGCAGUAUACUCCAAGGACAACUACAAAAGAGUUACAGGGACCAGUCUUGGAGGUGGAACAUUCCUAGGCCUAUGUUGCUUGCUGACUGGUUGUGAGACCUUUGAAGAAGCUCUGGAAAUGGCAGCUAAAGGCGACAGCACCAAUGUUGAUAAGCUGGUGAAGGACAUUUACGGAGGAGACUAUGAACGAUUUGGCCUUCAAGGAUCUGCUGUAGCAUCAAGCUUUGGCAACAUGAUGAGUAAAGAAAAGCGAGAUUCCAUCAGCAAGGAAGACCUCGCCCGGGCCACAUUGGUCACCAUCACCAACAACAUUGGCUCCAUUGCUCGAAUGUGUGCGUUGAAUGAGAAUAUUGACAGAGUUGUGUUUGUUGGGAAUUUUCUCAGAAUCAAUAUGGUCUCCAUGAAGCUGCUAGCAUAUGCCAUGGAUUUUUGGUCCAAAGGACAGCUAAAAGCUCUGUUUUUGGAACAUGAGGGUUAUUUUGGAGCUGUUGGGGCACUGUUGGAACUGUUCAAAAUGACUGAUGACCAGUAGAGAUGACAGUGGAAAGAACAGCCUCCUGUGAAGACACAACUGAAAAUUGCUGCUGGAGAAGGUGAAAGUCACUGUGGGACGGAAGCCAAGCCAUUAUGACAGAUGAACCUGCUGGAUUUGUAAAUAACUUAAAAUCCUUCUAGCUGAUCUUUUACUCCUAGGUUUUGAGCUUAUGAUUCAAAAUAGGGAAUAUAAGAAUUUUUUCUGUAUAUUGUAUUUUUUAAAAAAAAUUUGUGCAGCGUGGCCAAACCUACCAUUUUUAUGCAUUAACUUUGAAAAGUUGUACGAUGUUUAAGGAGGACCUAAAAUGUAAGCGCUGUUCAUUUUUCUUCUGGGGUUUACUGAUCGGUGUGGUAAUUUUAACUUCAUUUAGUAAUUACUCUAGGAGAUUUUACCUUUACUUAUAUUUUUCAUGACGUUUCAUGAUUUGCUGUUGGUUUCAAAUGAAACUACAAAUCUGGCAUGUGUUACUGUGAACACUUUUUUGUUUGUUUACCCUUUUUUGUCUUGUUUUUUCUGUUUGAAUGUCUUAUGAAAAAAGAGAGUCCUUUCCCUUGUUUCUGUCCUCUGAUGAUCUCUGUCCCCCACCCAUCACCUUUCUUUAAUUGUUCAUAUCAAUCAAGGUGCUGAUCAACUCAAUACAAAGUUAAGCAUGAGAUCUAAAGCUCUCAAAAGUGCCCAUGGAAAGAAAACUCUGAAAGUGAUAAGAAAUUCAGUGAGUCAGGCAAAAGUUGAAAAUUAUAGGCAAUUUCGUCUUAUUCCUUAUAAAUAUAAUGUUUUGUUGGUUUUAUUUUAUGCUAGGUUAUAUUAAGUUGAAAUAUACUAUGAUGAAAUGUCCUCAUCCAUGCACAACAUAUAAAUGUCAGCAAAUCUUUGUGCAAGAAGUUUGGAACUUAUUGGGGAAAGUCUCCCAGUAGAUUAACUGUUCAUAUCAGAAGAUUUAUGAGAAGUCAUGGGUUGAGGUGUCAGGUAGUGAUAUCUAUUUAUUUUGUACAUGUAUGUAUCUAGGAGCUUUGUAA